CUUUAGCGGAAGUGUGAAAUGUAGCCGGAAAAAACAAAAAUUGAAUUGAUUAGAGCAUGUUAAUACAUGCAUAAUGGCUCUCGUACCAUAUGUGGAGGCUGUGGUACCUGCGCUUUCUAAACUUCAAAAUUCUUCAGCAAGUUUUCAUUUUGCCAGCCAUGACAUCCGAAUAACUCAGGAUUGGAGGAAGCUUGGAGUAGCAGCGGUCGUGUGGGACGCGGCUGUUGUUAUGUGCAUUUAUUUGGAGUUGGGUCAGGUCGAGCUGAAGGAUAAGGUGUCCAUUGAGCUGGGAGCUGGCACAGGACUAGUGGGCAUCGUUGCAGCCCUGCUGGGUGCCAAAAUGACCAUCACUGACAGGAAUUCUGCUAUGGAUUUCCUUUCUGCCAAUGUUAAAGCCAACCUACCUGACAACCUCCAGAAGUCAGUUGUGGUGUCUGAGCUGUCUUGGGGUGAGAACCUUGACCGCUACCCAUCAGAAGGAUUCGACCUGGUGUUAGGAGCAGACAUUGUUUACCUUGAGGACACGUUCGUGCCACUCAUACAGACACUUAAGCACUUGUGUUCGCAUGCCACUGUGGUACUCCUGGCAUGCAGAAUCCGCUAUGAACGUGACACCAACUUUUUGAACAUGCUCAGUAAGUGGUUCAAUGUAGCAGAGGUUUACUACGACAAACAAAGGGACAUUCAUAUAUACAAAGCUAGUAAACAACUACCCAGGUGCGAUUUAUGAUCUAUUUUUGAAACGCAUAACAUCUGAAUAAAUGUUUUAAUUCAAGCUUACCAGAAACACAUUUAUUAACAGCUGCCAAAAUGUAACAGCUCUAACAUAAUGUAUCAUACAAGUUGGCAUGGACAAAAUUCAUGAAAAGCCAAUUGAAAUGUAAUGGACUGACGAUACACAAUAUCUCUGACCAAAAUUUUCAUCCUGGGUUGGUUGCCCUUUACAAUCCUUUUUGCAGCAUGUUUGACCAACAGUCAAAUUUGAUGUCCAGCACACCUUGUCAAUUUCAGAUAUGCCAUAAUCAAUGAAAACAAAACAGAAAAGCACUCCCAUAACAUUUUUGUGAUCAAUUGCAGCAUCUAGUUUCCCCAGUGCUUCGCUUUAAAAUGUGACGUACAAGGUUUGUCAGAAAAGUUCAAGGACCGGUGUCACAAAAUGGUAUUUCAAAUUCAAAUGACUUACUUUCCCUUUUUAACACAGGUUCAACAAAUACAUCUCAAAAGAGAUCUUGAAGCAUUUCCUUUAUCCUCUUCAGAAAAGUGCCGGCAGAACCUCUCAAUGCACCAGACUAGGCUUUGUGUGGAACUUUUCUGUCAAACUUCAUAUAUCUGGAUUGUUUUAGCAAGGAAAAGUGCAUACUGUAUACAACUUCAUCUCAAUAACUGUAACAAUACAUCAUCACAGACUAUCUGUGAUGGUGUAUCUAUUGCAUAAGCUGUAGGCAGGGCUCAUUAUUUUUGUUUUUUAUUUUAAAAAAAUAAUGACAUCAAGCAAUGAUUAGAAUCAAAGCCACAUUACAAAAAAACAUUUCACACUACUUGUAUCACACACACUGUCAAUUUUUUCUCCGCAUUUUCCCCAUCUUUUACUAUUUAUGGUCUAACAGACCUUGUUUAUUGCAAACACAGAUGCGUGGAACUCUUAAAAAAUGAUGCAGUUGAGUAAAAAUACAAAACAAAAAAUAAUGACCCUGCUGUAUUCAGGUUGGACAUGAAAUGUCACUUUAAAAAAAAAAAAGCCAACGAUUGCUUGUCUUUUCUGCUGCGUUAAACAUGAAAACCCAAAUGGUAGGCAUUUUUGUUCAUGUAGCAAGGUAAAGUAAGCUAACAAACAGGGUAAUGGCAAUUUGAGCAGAAACUCCGCUCAAAGAUAAAAACUGAUGAAGGAAAAGUCGUGUACACCGUCAAACUUUUGUAAAGCAACUCAGAUUUUGCGCACUUUGAAUGACGCUGGCGCCCCAAGUGAUCUGGGCACCACCACGGAGGGCGAAUCGCUCAAUCAUUAGUGCCAAUGACUUCUUGCAUGACACCUCCAGUUCAAAAAUCUGUGCCAGAAUCCCUUUGGUCAUUCCAUUAAUAAGCGUCCUCUGAGGACCAUUCCGCUUAGUAUGUCAUCAGAACAGAAUUCUAAUUUUUAACUGACAAUAUAUUUUGCCAACUGGGCCACAUAAUAAAUUUCCUGUUUUUUUUUUUUUUUUAGAAAGCAGAAUAAGUAGAAAAGGUAGGGUGGCAUCCAUAUGCAUGGCUCUUAGCGGAGUCUCUGUACAUGGGCGGGCCCGUGGAGGGCGAUUUAAUGGUGCGCCUACUCAGAUUUGUGGCAGUACAAGUCUUUGAGGGCUUUAAGUUCCUCAAUAAGGGUUUUGUUCUGGUUCUCAAGCACCGCUACACGGUUCUCCAAACAUUUGACGUACUCCUUCUUCUUCCUGCGACACUCACGAGCAGCCUCCCUGGAUGAGAAGUGGGGGAAAAAAUGUCUGAGAAUUCUUUAAUUUUGAGAUGCUAGGUUUCAGGAUCAUUAGCAGCGUACCUGUUUUUCAUAAGUCGCACCUCCCUUUUACGUGUGACUUCUUCCGUUCCCGUUCCUGUACCCAAUGCAGGUGAGGUCGCCAUGAUAGUGCUGGUUGGUGCUGUGCGGAUCUGAUAUGCCUGAACAUCUCCAGAGGCGGCUGAAUGGGGAGGGGAAGGGGUGCAAAUGGUAACUAACAUAACAUCUAAAGAAACAACUUUUUUUUUUCUUACCUUGUACAACCACCUGGUUGCUGGGCAAGAGGAUCUGCUGCCCAUCACUGGUCUGGGCAUAUUGCAGGAUCGUGGCGCCAGGUUGAGCAGUGGCAGCAUUGGCCAUUGUCAGCGUUUGCAGGCCCUGAACACCAUCUGUCCCAUUAUUGGCCAAUUGAAUGGCUCCUCCCUGGGUGAUGGCAACUGCACAUGGGAAAUUAUUUUUUACAUGUCAGCCUUCUCAAAAUUUGCAUUACAAUAUGCCAUUGUGUAGUAAACAUACUGUACUGGCCACUGCUGGUUUGAUAGAUGGGCGUAGGCAUGGUGACUGUGGUGAUGGCCGGGGCUGAGUCGUCUUCAGACUUUUCUUCCUCAAUGCAUGCAACAGCUGGAGCGUCUGAUGAUAGAUCGUUUAGGAUUUUCCUAAAGAGUAAAGCAAACAACUACAGAGAUUAAAUAGAAUAAAGACAAACUGAUUAAUGGCAGAGCCAAUUAUCAGUAUUCAGAAUUUUGCCACACAUCAAGCGUUUAAAAACGUUUUUAAGUUCAUUAUCCUUCAGCUGAAAAAAAUGUCAUUCUAAAUUAAACUAGGGUAUUUUGAUGAAGCUACGUCCCUAAAAUGAACGUUAAGAAAUGCUGCUGACCAUAGGAACUGCAUUUUUUUACUCUUCUAACUUUAAAAUGAGUGAAGAAUUAACAUUUGAAUAAUAUGGAAAUAUUGGAAAAGUUUUUAGCAGUUGUAAUCUUGAAGUUAAUUUUGGUUCAGGUGUUUAAAAAUCAUGCUGCUGAGCCUUAGACCUCCCUGCACGUUUGGUUAAAUUUUUAAAACAAAGAUGUUUAUUGAAUAUAAUUCAAAUUUGCGAAGCUGUAUCAAAAACAUGCUUAAGUUAUGAUGUGUGGUGAGGUUCAUGAGUGGUGAGGAACCGACUUUUUAGUGUCAGAUAUACAAAUGUACAAGUAAGCCUAUCACAAUAUGCAAUAAUUCCAUUUAUCGCACAGUAAAUAAAAAUGAAGGCGAUCAUUUUUCCGCUGCGAUUUAUCGCCUUGCGUGCACGUGCGGCAGUUGUGCUGUUAGAAGUUCGGCUUCCUUGUUAUCAACUACGCAAAAUGCAUCUUCUAUCUAUUGUUGAACAUUUACCGGCCGCGUCAGUGCUCUGGAUUGGCUGCGGACCAUCUCCAGUGUUCUGGAGCCCGCUGGAUGUUUUAGGCUAUUUUCUAUUUUUGCCGGUGUCCUAUUAUGUUUUUCCGGCAAUGAUAUCGAACUCACUACGUGCUGACAACUUUGUUUUUUAUUAACACACGGCGCCAACACUUCCAUAACCUGUGGCUCUCGACACUCAGCAGGCUGUGUCUCUCUAUCUCUCUCUCACUGCUGCGUCUCAUGAAAAAAACAACAGCACCAUUGCGUGCGCUUCAGGGUGCCUUGGAAAACGUACAAUCAGAAUAUUACACAUGGAACGCCAUAGCAGAAGCUAUGAGGGGAAAAGUUUUCAUUUGCCUAAAUGCUUAAGUUAUUAAGUGCAAUUUCUUUUUUUUUUUUUUUUGAAAAAGACAUUUUAUUUAUUCUGUGUUUUUGUGCGGUAUUAAUGUUGUUGUCUUUUACUUAAAAGAAGCAUGGUCUAUUUUUAGUUGUGAUUUCUGAAAAAGUAUUUUUGAAUUCAAGAAUAAACAUUUAUCACAUUUAAAUGGGUGUAUUUGACCUACCAAUAUACAGUAUUCUCACUGUGUUAUUUUAAAUUGGUUUUUUUAAAAAAUUGGGGGGGAGGGCGCAAUAAUAUCGCAUAUCGUAAUAAUUUAUUGAAUAAAUUAUCGCACACUAAAAUUUGUUAUCGCGACAAGCCUAUGUACAAGUGAACUUAAUACAAAUGUAUACCACCCCACUCCCCUUCCAAAAAACCCCCAACAACCAGUUUCAAAAAGGUAGUGUGAAAAGUAUUUGAAGAAAAAACAACAACAACAAACCUAUAUGAAGGUCGUCUGGACAGAAUCUCUCUCCUCUUCUGAGAAUCUGUGACGCUGUCAACAGACUCCUGAGAAUCUUCACUCUCACCAACCGUUGAAAUCUGCAUAGACAAAACAAAUGUCUUAAAUUCCAGUAGCGGCCGUAGUGCAGUUGGUAGCUCGAGUUGUUUUGGGGGUAAAGGGUCAACGGUUCGAAUCCUGACUACGACUGCCAACUGUGAAAGUACCGUUGCGCAAGUCACGGAACCCUAAUUUGCUCCUAGUGGGUUGGCAGCUCCUUGCAUGGCAGCAGCCCCAUUGAUGUGUGAAUGAAUAGGUGAAUGUGAGCUAGUGUUAAGCGCUUUAGGCACAGUAAAAAUGUGUACAUGCACAAUAUAAGCACUCUCCAUUUGCAAUUUUACAUUUUAUUGUGUUUUGAUGACAUUCACAUAAGUUAUUUGGCGCGCACCUGAACUGCUUGGACCUGAGGGGGCUGGAUGACUGAAGGCUGGGCCGCUUGAAUCACCCCGUGAACUUGGACGGUUUGGCCGUUCGGCAACUGCACCAAGGCCACUGUGGGACUGCUGGAUGUCACCUGGCCUGUUGCUAUGGAGGCCUGCGACCAGGACAACCAACUCAGUCAUAAACUUUCUGCUUAGUAAGACAUUUUCAGCCAUCAGUGGUGAUGUGAUGUUACCUGGGCCAGGGCAAUCUCAGGCUCCUGCUUCGUAACCGGUUCACCACUUUGCUGUGUAUCUGCACAAGCUUCCAUUGUCAUUUAAAAUCUGCACAAUGAAAGAAAAUAUAUUGAAUGCAAACGCAUGAUCCCCAAUUUAUUUUCAUCAAUGUUAAUGUGCAGAGUUGAAAACUGAAGGAAGGCGCUUUAUCUCAGCAACUUCAUAGGCAUCUCAAAGGAGGGUGUGGCUUUCUUAACAUGCGAGUAAGUGUUUCAUUUUUCACAAAGUGAAAUAAUAAUGAUGAUAAAUGAGCGUGAUGAGCUGGGUUGGUAAAGUGGUCCAAGCCCAAAUUUAUGUACUGUGUUGUUUUGUUAGCCGGUGUAUGCAGCAUGUCGCUAGCCACCGUUGCAUCGUUAGCGUGCUAACAAGCUAAAAGGAAUGUAUUAACUGUUCAUUCCGCUUCAAACGGACGUUUUCUGCUUUUGCAUCCCCACUGCGAUUCGUUUGUGGUCCACAUUAAGGUGCGCCGCUAUAAAUCAAUCCAAAAGCUUUAAUUUGUCUUCUAUUGUAAAGUUGCUGUCAUUGGGUAUUUGCGAGGGAAAAAUCUACAGGAUGGCUGUGUACAAGUUUAUAUGCUGCAUGUUUAUUCCAAACAAUGUAUUGUCUCAAAUGU